AUGGAUCCAGCCCCCAAAAUCGCCGGAGCAUUUACUCCAGCAAAAGAAAAAUCCGUCCGAUCGAGACUGAACGAGUCCUUGAGACUCUCUGAGAAUGCUAAUCCGAACCUAUCGAGUCCUGGAUUGAAGUCCGCGAAGAAAUCCGCCAUCAGGAAUCCUAAUCUGAGCCAGGUGGCCUCGCCUUCAGCGAAGAAGAAGAUUCGAGAGAGGAAGUUCGUGAUCGCAAAGAGGAAACUGAGGAACGACCAGCCGCCGACGGCGGCGGUGGAGGCAGCGACCUGCGAGAAGUGCGGGAAGGCCAUUGGGAGAUCGAGGUGUCUGUGCACGGCAUAUGAGAGCCUGCGUGCCUCUCAGGAAGAUUUUUUUAAGAAAAAAGAGGGUGAGAUUUGUGAUGAGCUGAAGGUGUUUGAUGCAGUGUCUGAGAGGAAUGAUGCGAAAUUGGAGGUUAGCCGAGGGUUCGAAGGGGAAAUAGGUGGAUGUGGAGGUGUUUUGUCUGAAGUUAAUUGGGAGAAGAAGGAAAAUGUGGAUGAGGCUGAGUUGAACAGUGGUGAUAUGGGUGUGAAAAGGAGUAGAGAUAGGCUGCUGGAGGAAGCUAGAGUGCCUUUGGAGAUUUCGGGGUCUGGUCGAGUGAAGAAUUUGGUGAAAGAAUUUGAGAAGCUCACGGUGCGUAGAUUCGGAGAUGCUGAGGAGAAGAAGGUGGAGGAAGAAGAUAAGGGUGCGGCCGAAUCUGAAUCAGGAUUGCAAAAACCUUCCAAUGAUUUAGAGACUCGGGUUUCUUCGUCUUCAUUCUGCCCUUCUGAUUAUUACCUGACGAUGGAGAGUUUAGGUCUCGAUUCGAGACGUUCCUACUCAUUAGACAGCGCUCAGGGAAGCAUUUCAACCGUGACUUCUGUUGGUGGUCGGAAGUUCAGGCGAAGCAGCAACGAAUCCACUGGAAACCGUACUAGAAGACGUGGGACUAGCAAACAGCCGAAAGCAACCUCUCAGAGGCCUUUCAUGCUUAGGACAGAGGAGAGAGGGAGAUGUAAGGAGGAGGAAUUCACGAAGAAGCUCCGACAAAAAAUGGAGGAAGAAGAGAAGAUGAGGAUACCUAUAGCUCAAGGUCUUCCCUGGACAACAGAUGAACCGGAGUGUUUGGUGAAGCCUCCUGUUAAAGAAAAUACAAGGCCGAUCGAUCUUGUAUUGCACAGCGAUGUGAGAGCUGUCGAGAGGUCUGAAUUUGAUCAACAGGUGUCCGUGAAAAUGAACUUUAUUGAGCAGUACAAGAUGGAAAGAGAGAGACAGCAGAGGCUGGAAGAAGAAGAAGAAAUUAGAAGACUCAGGAAGGAGCUUGUCCCAAAAGCUCAGCCGAUGCCAUAUUUCGAUCGGCCCUUCGUCCCCAGAAGAUCUGAGAAGCACCCUACAAUACCGAAAGAACCAAAGUUUCAUAUACCCGAACACAAGAAGAUCAAAUGUUACUUGUCUUUGGAUGAUUUGUACACACAUCAGCAUUGA